UCUGUUAUCCAUGACAUCAGCUGUCCCUUCUUGGACAUUCUAUUGUGUCCUAGAGAGUCCUUGGAAUCCCUGUGAUGUCACCAGUGUUGUAGUGACAACCAGUUCCCUAACUUUUCUCUCUUAGUGUCCAAAGGAUAUAUCCACAGGCAUGUUUGCCCGUCUUCGCAGGCGCUUUGGGAGAGUUGAUGUUGAUGGAGAAGAGUCUAGAGUGAAGCAAACAAAACCUAAAAGUAAUGAUGGACACAGGACAUGGUCAUGUGGAAUGUGGAAGGCCUGCAGACAGACGUCAUCCCCUGAAACUGUCCUAAACAAGGUGCAGCCCAACGAGGAAGAGGAGAGGCUGAAUAGAGAGCUCGAGCUAACUACCAAGGAGAGAAAUGAGCUGACAGAUCGCCUCCUUUAUGUGACAGGUGGAUCCGUGAACAAGAGCCCCUACUUCAGGCCAAAUCCAUUUUAUGAAAAAUUGAAGAUAAAGGAGAAAGAGGUCAUGUCAUUGCUGCACAACUUAGACACAAACAACAUUGAACAUCGUGAGAAAUUUCAGGAGCUCAACAAGGAGAUUAACUUCUAUCGCAACAUGCACAGCCAGCUCCUGAUGGACCAGGCAUGUAUGAAGAAGAAGGUGGUCACAUUGAAGCAGGAGUGCAAGGAGGUACAGCGAUAUUUGUUUGAGUUGAACCCGAAUGAUGAAGAAGAACGGGAGAAGACCAGCAACCUCCAGACCCAGCAAAAUUUGGUCUCAGAAACUGCAGGAGACAUGGAAUAGGACGGAUCCCAGGAAGACAGCCCCCUGAAGAAUGAGUUUCUUUCUCAGGAGUUCCCUGUGACGACAAUCCUCACAGUCAAAGACUUUUUUUGGGUGAAUAUUAUUCUUCUCAGUUAAUUUCCUCAAUGUUUAGAGACCCUAAGUUUAUGUAUCUGUAUGCCGGCCUGUCUGAUUGAGGUCUUUCUCCUUUCUCAUACCGACAACACCAUUUGAGAGACAACUGAGGGGACUGCCUUGACAUCUCGUGUUCUAGAGGAGAAACAGCACUACAACUUGUUUCUAAAUGCUCAUUAAAAAAAUGCUGUUAAGAAAUAGUUUUUGAUAUGAUUUUCAUUGAAGUUUUCUUUUUGUUGUUUUAUAGUUAUAUAUUCUUGUUACUGUUUUUCAUUUUUUUAACCAUUUUAAUUGUUCAUUUUAUCCCUGUUUUUUGUAAAUUGUACUCCUUAUGAAUAAAAUUUGAUUUGUAACUCUUGACUCUUAAGACCAUCUUCGUUAUUCAAGGGUCCUUUCCCCUCCUGGAGAUGUAGAACUUACAGCUAGAUAUGGAUCUUUGCGUGGUCCAGUGAAUUGAAAGCCACCAAGGUGUACACAGGGUGAUAAUGUCUUUUGUGUGGAUAUGUGACUUUUUUUAUGGACACACACUUUAUGAUGUAAUCACUGCCAUACUGUAUCCAUGCUGUAAUGUAUUCUGCUCAUCCUAGUCUAUAUCAGUCUACAACACACAUUCCUUAUUGACUGUGUGCCCAGAUAUUGAGUAACACACACUCAUGCCUGUAGAGCUGUAGAAAGAAUGACAACUUUCACGAAGGAAGAGAGAAGGAAUCCUAAUCGAGAACCAUGCGCCUCAGUUUUUCUUACAAUGCAGCAUCAGUAUUAAACCACAGAGAUAAUGACCGUCAAAGUCAUUUUGGGAAAUAGGUUUUUGUAGGAGCUGUUUUACUUGAUCAUUCAUAUGCUGUGUUUUUUAUUGUUGCUGAUUAUAUUUAUUGUUAUCAUUUAACUCAAUGGAUUUUUUUUUUUUUUUGGAAAUGUAUGUCUGGGCCACUCCUGAGUGCAUUUCCCUCAUGAUCCAGAAGAGGGAAUAACAUUCCCCAUUGUAGAUGAUUGUUAGGGACCAUGUUGUUCUUCUGAGAGAGCAGCAGAUGCUCUAACCUGGGAGUCAUCACCACAGCUCCUGUAGGUAGCUUUUGUCCUUCCAGGGCAUGUCCUGUACUAGGUGGACACGAUCACCUCCCAUUUAGGAGAGAGAUCUCAGGAGAUAUGUAUGUACAGGUGGUUGAGCAGUGCCUGCUCAAUGUGGUAGGCUGCUAGGCAUCCAUACUGGGUUCUGGUGCCUCCACUGCUCAUUAUGCAUUCAGGAUCAUCCUCCAGCAUCACUCAGUUUCAAUUCCAAACAGAUCUCUCACUUACUAUCAGUGAUGAUUAUAUAGAUUAUGCACAUCUGAUAAAAUACAGAAGAGACUAGACUCCUUCUACAGGCCAACUUGGCAUAAUGAAUUCUUUUGAUAGAAAGCAAGAUAAUUAUCUUAAUCUAUGCAGUUUAAUGCUAACAGCACCAUCCAAUACCUAGGAUACUUUCUACUGACAUGUGUGACAUGAGACAAAACAGUCCCUGUCAUCCCUCACCUGAAUAAACUUCCUUAGAGGACAGUGUAGUUGGAGGGUCCUUCUUUCCUCUCCAAGACAGAGAAACAUUUCCAGUCUUCGGACAAGUGUGUCAGCCAUUGUCCAGUUACUGUCUUGAGAUGUCCACAUUGUCAGCUGAGUGUCUUCAUCCAGCCUGCCCUGUAAUUGGCUGUUGGCACCUUUAUA